AACGAAGAAACUCGUCAUUGACGGUUCCUCCAGCCAAAAUGGCGCUAUGUUUACGUCUCAGUUUAAUCUUUUAUUGCACUUAAUAAAAUUCAUGGCGAGAUGCGGUGAUUUUAUCGCUUAGAAAAUAACCCGAUGACCACUUUAGGUGUAAUUUAAGCGAUCCACGAAAGAAACCGAAAUUAGAUUUUCAGCAGCAUAAAGGAUGCAAGCUGAAGCCACAGAUUCUGCCCUCAGAGAGGGCAUCGAGUCCUUGGGCGUGAAGGACUCAGAGAAACCGGCUGCAGACAAAGAAGAGGAGAGCACAGCUGAGCAACAAGACACAGAGACGACAGCUGUCACUGAGGAGGAAGACUCUGCUGCUAAGGAUGAAGCAGAUGAGAACACAGAUGCAGCGGAAGAGGAGAUGCAGAAAGCUGAAAGUCAAGCGGUCACCAUAGGGGACGCUGAGGACGGGAAGAAGGCUGCUGUGGCGGGCGACGACGACUGGGAGCUUCCGUACAGCGACGAGGAAAUGGAGGAUCCCAAAAACUGGAUGCCUGCGCCAACUGAGAUUAAAAGACUCUAUGAGGUCCUAGCUAAAGGGGAGAUGUUGGAGCUGAACUUUGUGCCCCUCCCCAGACGGCCUCCAACACCGGAACGCACCCCGACACCUGAGAGGAACGACGAAGAAGAAGCAGAAAGGGAAAGGGAGAGGCUGGAGAGAGAGCGGAAGCCUCCAACUCCAACUGAGUUCGACUUUGAUGAGGAACAAAUGCAAAGCACACCGAAAAACUCGUUCCUCAGCAGACGCAGAACACCAGGAUCUUCCGGCCGCUCCUCUGUAAAGCGAGAAGCUCGCCUGGACAAAGUGCUGUCGGACAUGAAGCGUCACCGGAAAAUCGAGGAGCACAUUUUGCGCACGGGCCGAGACCUGUUCAAGAGCGAGAAGAAGCUGGAGGAGGCGCUCUCCCCGAACAGCCAGAAGGAGCGAGAGAAGGAGAGGGAAAGAGACAGCAACCCCAACACCAUCUUCUCCCCAAGACAGAGGAGAUACUGACCGAUUCACCGAGGAAGACUUGACCAAGAGCUUCUCCAGGCUCUCAGGAAACUGAAUAAUUUCUAAUGUAUAAAUUUUUGUAUGGGUUUUUUGUGUAUUUUGUAUGACAAUAAUAAACAUUUUAAACUGUU